AUGAAUGAGGUGGUCCGGGCUUUUUGUGUUUGUUGUGGUUCUAGCACUCGGCCUUCUAUGGCGUGUCCCCCCCCUGCUGCUGGAGCCAGCUUUGCUGUCCAGCCUGUGCCUGGAACUGGCCCCGCCGUGACCCUGCCAUUUCCCUCCACGGCCACCCAGCCACCCAGGCCCGGAGGCCCAGCAGGGUAUGACGGGCACCAGCCCCACUCCAACCAGGACUGCGAUUGUGACAGUGGACCCCCGGAGCCCGCCCCCACACCCACCACUGCUCCCUCCUACCAGGACAGUUAUGGCUAUGGACCUUUGACGGCCACCAACAGCUAUGAGAACGAGCAGUAUCACCCACCUGCUGUGGGCCAGCCUCAGCUCCCUGCCAUGGCCACGCUCUGCCAGCCAGGAACCAAAGGAGCUAACUGUCAGCCUAGUGGUGGGUACAGCCAAGUGCAGCCCCCACAACAGGUGCCCACUACUAGGGAGGCACAGCCGGCUAGCAUCCCAACCUCCAGUUACACCUACCCCCCAGCAUCCCGCAUCCAGCCCGGGGUCUUCAUGUCCACUCUGCCUUCCUACACUUCAUCCUCAGCUUCCUACAGCUUCACCUCCACCCUGUACACAGGACCAAGCUACCCGAGCUGCGACACGUCAGUGUACUCAGCAGCCAGUCCUUACUAUCCUCCACUGCUCCCCGAACAGAUGCAGCCUCCACCCCCGCCACCUCCACUCCCACAGCCUGAGGACUUGUGCCCGUGGGGAGGCUCAGGGAACAGUCCCAGUGCCGGUUCUGCCAGCAACUUCCCCAAGAAGCCACCAGUCCCCACCAGGCUGCUGAAACCCAAGGGUGGGCCCAGGCAGCCCCCACUUCACUACUGUGACAUCUGCAAGAUCAGCUGUGCUGGUGCCCAGCAGACCUACCGUGAGCAUCUGGAAGGGCAGAAGCACAGAAAGAAGAAGGCAGCUGAGAAGAUGGGCGUCCAGCCCAAAGGCAGCCCGUGUGGGGUGCAGGCGCAGCUGCACUGCAAACUUUGUGCCGUGUCCUGCACUGGGGCAGAAGCCUAUGCCGCCCACGUGCGGGGGGCCAGGCACCAGAAGGUCUUCAAGCUGCAUACCAAAUUGGGGAAGCCCAUCCCCAACAUAGAACCCGUGCCAGGGAACUCCGGCUCAGCCCAGACCGCCUGCACCAGCAAGCUGGGCCCCCUCACCACUGAGAGCCCCCCUGUGGCCUCUGCCAAGCCUGUGGACCCCGCUGGCUCCAGCAUACGCACCCUUAGCAGGCCAGAGCUGGCCUCGAAGGCCACAUGCGUGGGGCCUCCUGAGCUGCAGGCAGUGGGCUGCAGACCCCCAGAGGAGACACUGGCACACCCGAAAUCAGAGCGGUCGGGGCAACUGCCCGUCCAAGGAGGCUCUGUGGAAGCUUCUGGAAGCUGCUGUGACUCAGAGCCGGUGGGCCCAGGCUACGUGCAAGAGGUGUGCAACAGCGAGGGCAAAGUGAUCCGAUUCCACUGCAAGCUGUGCGAGUGCAGCUUCAACGACGCUAACGCCAGGGACAUGCACGUGCGGGGGCGGCGGCACCGGCUGCAGUACAAGAAGAAAGUCGAUCCUGACCUUCCGAUCUCCAUCAAGCUCAGCAACAGAGCCUGGAAGCUCCUGGAGGAGAGGAAGAGGAAGCAGAAGCAGCUGGCCAGGAAACAGCUGGAGGAGCUAAGGCGCCGGCAUGCGGAGAUGAGGCAUUACGACCUGUGCAGGAGGAGGAUGGAAAAGCCGCAGGCCCAGGAUGAACACCCGGGACACUCACCUCCCGACCAGGCCCCUCCUCCCCUCAUGAGCAGCCCGGGGGUGCCCACCACCUCGGCUCUGCCCACACAGCGACGGGAGUCCAGUGAUGACCGCCACGUCUUGUGCAAGCAUGCCACCAUCUACCCCACGGAGGAGGAGCUCCUGGCUGUGCAGAAGGCUGUGUCCCACUCGGAACGCGCCCUGAAGCUGGUGUCCGACAGACUGGCGGAAGAGAAGUCCAGGGGCUCGGAGCAGGAGGGCGGUGAGCAUAGUGGUGUCAGCCCCUCUGCUCGGAUCCUGAAAGGGGUGAUGAGGGUCGGCCUCCUGGCAAAAGGCCUCCUCCUUCGGGGAGACAGGACCGUGCAGCUGAUCCUGCUCUGCUCCCAGAAGCCCACCCACACCCUGUUGCAGAUGGUCACCAAGCAGCUGCCCCAGCAGCUCCUGAUGGUGACGAAGGACAAGUAUGAGGUCUCCUCUGACCCUGAAGCCAACAUCAUCAUCUCAUCCUUUGAGGAGCCCAGAAUACGGGUCACUGUGUCUGUCACCUCGCCCCUAAUGCGAGAGGACCCCUCCAUGGACAGAGGUGCAGCCAGGCCCUUCUGUCCAGCCCCCCUCCCCACACACCCAGGUGGAGUGGAAGUGCCUUUGCCUGACCCAGGGGACGUCUUGAGCCUAGAAAAGUGUCUCCAGUCACUGGCUGCCCUCCGCCAUGCCAAGUGGUUCCAGGCACGAGCCAGCGGCCUACAGCCCUGUGUAAUUGUCAUCAGGGUUUUUCGGGACCUCUGCCAACGUGUGCCCACCUGGGGGGCCCUGCCAGACUGGGCCAUGGAGCUGCUGGUGGAGAAGGCUCUGAGCAGCGCCAAGGGGCCCCUGAGCCCUGGGGACGCUGUGCGACGGGUCCUGGAGUGUGUGGCCUCGGGAACACUCCUGACAGAUGGGCCUGGGCUCCAGGAUCCCUGUGAGAGAAACCAGAUGGACGUGCUCGAGCCCAUGACCCUGCAGGAGCGGGAAGACAUCACAGCCAGUGCCCAGCACGCCCUGCGCACGUUGGCGUUUAAGCAGAUCCACAAGGUCCUGGGCAUGGACCCCCUGCCGCCGCCCAGGAGCAGGCCCGGGUUGCGCUUCCGGAAGAGGCCUCAGGAGGCCGAGGCUGAGGAGGGCCGGCGGAAGCAGGCCAGCCUGGUGGAGAGGGCCUCGCCUGCCCUCCAGGACCUGACGGGCCACUGA